GCUACCUGGAAUCUCCCCCAACCAGGCCCGCCCCCUCCCACGUCCUGCCCUAGUCAAAUCACGCCCAACGCAAGAUUCCAAGCCUCGCCUUUGUAGAUGGAGAAAACUAAGGCUGGAAGGCGGAGAAUCCAGUCCCGGGACGGGCGGGGACGAGACCCAGAAUUGAACGCGGGCGGGGACACAUCCUUGGUGACUGCAUCUUCGAUGCGGGCGGAGACGAGCAGCAGAAAGCGAAGUGGGCGGGCGAGAACGGAAUCUAGAAAACAACACGGGCGGAGUCGAGAACCCAAGAGCGACGUGCGCGGGGACGAGAAGGAGAAUCGAGGUUCCGCGCGGGCGGAGACGAGAAGCAGCGCUCGGGCACGCGGGGACGGCGGCCGGCGCGGGCGGGCGCGGCCUUUGUCUCCACCUCCAGCUCGCUCCGCGGCUGCACCGGCCCGAUGAGCCCGCGGCCCCCAGGCGCUCGGGCCGCCCGCAGCCCCUGACCUGGCCUGCGCUCACCAUGGCCGAAGCCACCUCCAGCGCCGGGGGCACGUCCCUGGAGGGCGAGCGUGGCAAGAGGCCCCCGCCUGAGGGCGAGCCUGCAGCCCCGGCGUCUGGAGUUCUGGAUAAGCUUUUUGGGAAGCGGCUCCUGCAGGCUGGUCGCUACCUGGUAUCUCACAAGGCGUGGAUGAAGACAGUGCCUACGGAGAACUGCGACGUGCUGAUGACCUUUCCAGACACGACUGAUGACCACACGCUGCUAUGGCUGCUGAACCACAUCCGCGUGGGCAUCCCUGAGCUCAUCGUGCAAGUCCGCCACCACCGCCACACGCGUGCCUAUGCCUUCUUCGUCACCGCCACGUAUGAGAGCCUACUUCGAGGAGCCGACGAGCUGGGUUUGCGCAAAGCGGUGAAGGCCGAGUUUGGCGGGGGCACCCGAGGCUUCUCUUGCGAGGAGGACUUCAUCUACGAGAAUGUGGAGAGUGAGCUGCGCUUCUUCACCUCCCAGGAACGCCAGAGCAUCAUCCGCUUUUGGCUGCAGAACCUACGCGCGAAGCAGGGUGAGGCACUGCACAAUGUGCGCUUCCUGGAGGACCAGCCAAUCAUCCCUGAGCUGGCGGCCCGUGGGAUCAUCCAGCAGGUGUUCCCGGUCCAUGAGCAGCGUAUCCUGAACCGCCUCAUGAAGUCAUGGGUGCAAGCUGUGUGUGAAAACCAGCCUCUAGAUGAGAUCUGUGACUACUUUGGAGUGAAGAUUGCCAUGUACUUUGCCUGGCUGGGCUUCUACACAUCAGCGAUGGUAUACCCAGCCGUCUUUGGCUCCGUCCUGUACACAUUUACGGAGGCUGACCAGACAAGCCGGGAUGUAUCGUGUGUGGUUUUUGCCCUCUUCAACGUGGUCUGGUCAACCCUGUUCUUGGAGGAAUGGAAACGGAGGGGGGCAGAGCUGGCCUACAAGUGGGGGACGCUGGACUCACCUGGGGAAGCUGUGGAGGAACCACGACCUCAGUUCAGGGGUGUCCGGCGCAUUAGCCCCGUGACAAGGGCUGAGGAGUUCUACUACCCGCCCUGGAAGCGGCUGCUCUUCCAGCUGCUCGUGAGCCUCCCCUUGUGCCUCACCUGCCUGGCCUGCGUGUUCCUGCUCAUGCUCGGCUGCUUCCAGCUGCAGGAGCUGGUGCUGAGCAUGAAAGGGCUGCCCCGUCUUGCCCGCUUCCUGCCCAAGGUUGUGCUGGCCCUGCUGGUCAGCGCCAGUGCUGAAGGCUAUAAGAAGCUUGCCAUCUGGCUCAACGACAUGGAGAAUUACCGGCUGGAGAGCGCCUAUGAGAAGCACCUCAUUAUCAAAGUCGUCCUGUUCCAAUUUGUCAACUCCUACCUGAGCCUCUUCUACAUCGGCUUCUACCUCAAGGACAUGGAGCGCUUGAAAGAGCUCCUGCUCGUCCUGUCCCUGUCCCAGAGCCUCGAGCGGCAGCUUCGGGCGGUGCUGGUCCCGCUCGCGGCCCUGCGGUUCCGCCUGCUCCUCCUCUCCCUCCGGGGCCUCCUGCUCGUGGCCCGGGCCAAAAUGCUGGCCACUCUGCUGAUCACCCGCCAGUUCCUCCAGAACGUGCGCGAGGUCCUGCAGCCGCACCUGUACCGGCGGCUGGGCCGCGGCGAGCUUGGCCUGCAGGCAGCCUGGGAGCUGGCCCGUGCCCUGCUCGGCCUGCUGAGCCUCCAGCGCCCCGCACCCCGUCGCCUUGAACCCCAGGCUGAAGAGGGGGGUGGCGGUGGUGGCGGCGGGGGCCGUAGGUGUCUCAGUGGGGGCUGCGGGGCCCCCGAGGAGGAGGAGGAGGCACCAGUGGAGCGGAGGCCCGCAGGGGAAGGGGGGGAGGUGGGGGAUGGGUCUCGGGGGGGCAAGGAGGACGAGGACGAGGAGGAGGAGGAAGAGGAGGAUGAGGAAGAUGACGAGGAGGAGGGCGAGGAGAGCAGCCUCCUGGACUGCGGGCUCCGGCUGAAGAAGGUCAGCUUUGCUGAACGAGGGGCCGGGCGGCGGCGGCCUGGCCCCGACGCCAUCCUGGAGGAGGGGAGCCCCACCAUGGUGGAGAAGGGGCUGGAGCCGGGAGUAUUCACGCUGGCCGAAGAAGACGAUGAGGCUGAAGGGGCUCCCAGCAGUCCUGAGCGGGAGCCCCCGGCCGUCCUGCUCCGCCGGGCUGGGGGCGAGGGCCGUGACCAGGGGCCAGAUGGGGGCCCAGACCCAGAGACCGGCUCGGGUGACUCAGGCAGGAGGCAGCGGCGGCAGAAUCGGUCGUCUUGGAUUGACCCACCUGAGGAGGAGCACUCACCCCAGCUCACCCAGGCGGAGCUUGAGAGCUGUAUGAAGAAGUACGAGGACACCUUCCAGGACUACCAGGAGAUGUUCGUGCAGUUCGGCUACGUUGUCCUCUUCUCAUCGGCCUUCCCCCUGGCUGCUCUGUGCGCCCUGGUCAACAACCUCAUCGAGAUCCGGAGCGACGCCCUCAAGCUGUGCACAGGGCUGCAGCGGCCCUUCGGGCAGCGGGUGGAGAGCAUCGGCCAGUGGCAGAAGGUGAUGGAGGCCAUGGGCGUCCUGGCCAUCGUGGUCAACUGCUACCUGAUUGGCCAGUGCGGGCAGCUGCAGCGCCUCUUCCCCUGGCUCAGCCCGGAGGCAGCCAUCGUGUCCGUGGUGGUGCUCGAGCACUUUGCCCUGCUCCUCAAGUAUCUCAUCCACGUGGCCAUUCCCGACAUCCCAGGCUGGGUGGCUGAGGAAAUGGCCAAGCUUGAGUACCAGCGCCGGGAGGCCUUCAAGAGACACGAACGCCAGGCCCAGCACCGCUACCAGCAGCAGCAGCGGCGGAGGAGGGAGGAGGAGGAGCGCCAGCGCCAUGCAGAGCACCACGCCCGGCGAGAGCGCGAUGCCGGCGGCCGGGAGGAGGCCCGGCCCGAAGGCUCUGGGCUGGACCCCGCUGCCCCUGAGAAGGCCUCCACCAAGGCCAAGGGCAGCGGGGCGGGUGGCCACGGGCAAGAGCGGCCCAAGCGCCCGGGGUCCUUGUUGGCACCCAACAACGUCAUGAAGCUGAAGCAGAUCAUCCCGCUGCAGGGCAAGUUCCUGUCGUCUGGGGCGACAUCCUCACUGGCCAGUGCAGGGGCCGGCCCUGCCGCCCGGCCACCCCCUGCCCAGUCACCCACGGGGAGUGACACCCGCCUGCCAGCCUUCCUCAGCUUCAAGUUCCUCAAGUCGCCUGAGACCCGGCGGGACCCAGAACGCAGCCACUCACCGCCCAAGGCCUUCCACGCUGGCAAGCUCUUCCCUUUCGGUGGGGCCCGGGCUGACACCGGGUCCAACGGGGCAGGUGGGCAGGCCCGGCUGGACGGGACCCCCGGCGGCAGCGGUGGCGGCGGCGGAGGCCGAGCCCAGCGGAGUGGGCCGGCAGACGAGGCUGCGGCUGAGGAGCCGGACGCCCCCCGGCCUGAAGAGGAAGGCUCAGGGACAGCGCUGGCCCCCGUGGGCGCCCCUGCCCUCCGCACCCGCCGCAGCCGGAGCCCCGCGCCACCGCCAACGCCGCUGCCUCGGCCCCCGACGCCGCCCGCAGGCUGCUGGCAGUGGGACGGGCCAUGGGGCUGCGGGGGCGAGGGCGCCGCCCCCCGCCAGGCCCCCGCCCCCGUCGCAGCCGAGUGUCCGCCCUGCGCCCUCGCCGGGCCCCCGCCCGCCCCGCAGCCCCUGCCGGGGGACGCCAGCUUCUACAGCCUCCCGCCCCCGCCGCCCACCUCUGAGCCCUUCGAGCCCCCGGCGCCCUCGCCCAGCCCCAGCCCCAGUCCCCAGGCCGUGUGCUGGCCCAGCGGCUGGCAUUAGCUCCACCCGCCCGCCCUGCCUUCCUGUUCUCAUAUGCAAUAUCAGUCCGUGGACCGGGGCGGCGGCCGCCACCCAGAAAACGCGCUUCGGCCCGACGGCCCCCAGUAUUGGCUGCUCUCCUGGGGCAGGGCUGGGGGCCGGGCCCCCCCAUCUGCCGUUUUCCUUUCGACCCGGAUGGGGAAAACGAAAGGAAACCCCAAAAAACCAACAGAAAACACACAGAAUAGGCGAUUAUUUAUUUGUUUUUAAUUUAUUUUGUCAUAUUUUUGUAAAACGGCAGAAAUGCAAUAAAAAGUAUAUUUCAACAGUGCCCGAGGACAGAGCAGUGGAAGGGGGAUCAAGGGGGCCCAGUGACUUGUAGUUGGUGCUGGCUUUUGGGGGACCUAGCAGGCCUAGGGUGGGGGC